AUGGCGCCCAUCUGUUUGGAUAACCACGUUGGUGGUCGCCCAAAUCCCUUGUACAACAAGGGCUCUUUGAUACGACUGUUCACUUUCCAGCACGAUGAUAAUGCCCAAGACGAGGCUAUCCGUGCUGGACACCAAAAGUAUCCUCAAGUAGAGGCCCCAAAAAGUACCAUUUCUCUGAAAUGCGACGCCGCCUUGGGCUGUGGCACGCUGGAGUCGCGCUCUUAUAAAGCACGAACAUGGGCACGUGCAGUUGAAUCGUCAUUCGAGACAGAUGCAUCCAAAACCAGCAAGCAGAAGCAAGAGCCAUCACACAUGGAUGACAGCACGCGCCUAGAAGAGUACUACGACGAGGACAUAUCUCCAUUUGAAAGAGACCGUCGCAUCCAUGCAUCAAAAAAGAACAAGAACAAGCAAGAGCUAUCGCACACCAUAUACCAAGAAAACAACGAAUACGAGAAAGAGAACGAGGACGAGGAGGUCGUCUCCCGAGUGUGCCAGUACAGCACGGGCAGUCGCUAUGGCUAUCUCAUCGACCACUGUCCAGAAUUCCAGCAGUCUGCUCCACCGCACCCGCAUUUCGUCUCCCGUGCUCGCCAUAUCCAAACCUAUCCUGAAACCUCCCACGGUGUUCGUGUCGAUCUCACUCUGGGGACUAUAACCCUAAUCAUGGUGUUCCUCCUGCUCAUUGCCAUCAUGCUUGUUGAGAUUGUCGACAUCGUUUUCGACUCCAGAAGAACAUCGUCCCCUGAAGGCGGGCGCAGAGGACGAAGCCGAACACGACGUGCUCUCGCCCGGGCAUUUGGCGUGCCACGAAAGGUGUUUGUCGACAAUCCGGAAAAUGAGAAGGAAACCACUGGACUUGGGGUCUCGCUGGAACGAUAG